CUCGUGCAGAGAUGGCUGCAAAAUUAGUGAAGGCCAAAGUAGGAAAAAUGAAGAAGAAAAAGAAGAUCAUGAAGGAGAAAACUCAAGAAUCUGCAAACGAAGGUAUACGUGAAGAACCAUUUUCAGUGCAGGAGCGCAAGGAUGUAGUGACUGCAGAGAUGUCUGAUCAUGACGAUAAGCCUGCAUCAGAUGCAGGUGAAGGACAUUCAGAUGUGCCUGAGUUAGAAGACGAUGAAGAGGAUUCGCCAAAUAUUGAGAAAAAGCAGCGAAAAACCGGGGUGCUAUAUUUCUCAAGAAUUCCUCCGAAAUUCACUCCAUCACGCCUUCAGGAAUAUUUUGAGCGUUUUGCUCCUGGUAUGAUUGGGAGAGUCCAUUGCACUAAAAACAAGAAUGCAAAGACGAUUGAAAAUCGUUUCUCGGAAGGUUGGUUGGAAAUCAAAAAGAAGAAAGUUGCCAAAAUGUUGGCUGCUCGAUUUGAUAACACUCCUGUGGGAGGCAAGAAAAGAGAUUACACCUCAAGCGUAUUAUGGAAUAUCAAGUAUCUUAGCUCUUUUAAGUGGGUCCAUCUUAUGGAACAGUUACAGUUUGAACAUGCGAUCUCAGCUCAUCGCAUGAGCGCUGAAAUAGCUCAAGCCAAAAGAGUCGCUGCUUUCUUUGAAGAACAAGUUGAGAAAGGACGGCAUCUCAAAAGACUCGAAGAAAAGGCACUUAAAGCCAAUGGAAUGUGGAGUAAAUUCCAACGUGAAAUCGAACAAAGAAAGGUCGUAAAAACAAAACGGAAAAAGCUGAAGUCGAGCCAGUCUCAUUCUGCAGCGAAGGACGAUGAUGUACUACAAAUGAUCUUUGCUGAAUAAUCUAACUAAUUGUGUCUUGUUAUUUUGUUGAAGUUGUAUAAAAAGUUGAAAUGAAGGAU